AUGACGCAUCCUGUUUUGCAAUUCUCGCCAUUCUCAUCCGCGGUGGAUGCUGCCUUCUGGCAAGCGCUGGCUCAAAGAAAACUUGAAGUGCUCAAACUUUCCAAUGCCGUCCAGACUGUGCAUAGUUAUUAUCAGACGGGACAAACUAUCGGUGAUACCAAAGGUCAGCUCAUUCCUAUGCCGACUCGUCUGUGUGUGCCAGCUCAUGGUCUGGAGGUGGAAACCCGAAACAAACCGCUAGGAUCACUCUCGGUCACUGGCACACUCUACAAUGCCAAUACUUUUGAAGAGUUUCAAACCAUGGACAAAAAUACAUUUUUUCAGGACAAAGCCAAUAAGAUUUGGGAUGCGAUUAGGCACAGUGAUCAUGUGGAAGAGGCGCUUGGUCAGUUUGCCUUGAUAACGUUUGCCGAUCUGAAAAAGUACAAAUUCUACUAUUGGUUUGCAUUUCCAGCGUUGAUGCCUCAACCGGAACCAUGGAUCAUGAAACAACCUAUGCAACCCAUUAACACCAUAUUUACGCAAGAUCAGAUUAUAGUGGGGUUUGCUGAUCCUUCGAAUGUGGACGUGCCAGGCUGGCCAUUACGAAAUUUGCUUGCAUUAGUGCAUACACGCUGGGGCCUUGGUGAGAUCAAAGUCUUGUGUUACCGUGAAACGCCAGGCAAGCCGGACACGGUUGAUUUAUCGCGUAUCCUUGUGGCCGAAUUGCCCAUCGCGUCACACUAUACUCAACAUGACAAUGGCGUCAAAGCCGUAGGCUGGGAGAGAAAUCCCAAAGGAAAAUUGGGGCCACGCAUGGCUGAUCUAGGCCCAUUGAUGGAUCCUAUACGCCUGGCAGAUACCGCAGUGGAUCUUAAUCUCAAGUUGAUGCGAUGGCGGCUGAUGCCGGAUUUGGAUUUGGACAAGAUUAAAAACAACAAAUGUUUGCUUCUUGGCGCUGGUACUUUAGGAUGUUACGUAGCACGAUGUUUGCUCGGCUGGGGUAUACGUCACAUCACCUUUGUCGAUAAUGGUCUGGUCUCCUUCUCCAAUCCGGUUCGACAACCUCUCUAUACCUAUGAAGAUUGUCUCAACGGAGGCAUGGUCAAAGCCAAAGCCGCCGCAGAGAAUUUAAAACGUGUUCAACCUUCCCUGAAUACCGUGGGCUAUAAUCUGUCCAUCCCCAUGCCAGGUCACACAGUAUCAUCCGAUGAACAACUUAUUCAAGAUAUUGAAACCUUAACCGGCUUGAUCGAGAGCCACGAUACCGUGUUUUUAUUGACCGACAGCCGUGAAAGCCGAUGGUUUCCGACCAUGCUCGCAGCCAAAUUCAACAAAAUGGUCAUUAACGCGGCUCUGGGUUUCGAUACUUACCUCGUUAUGCGCCAUGGAUCACGGGCUUCCCAGAGUUCCCUUGGAUGUUAUUUCUGCAACGACAUUGUUGCACCCACCGAUUCUUUAACUGAUCGUACCCUCGAUCAACAAUGCACCGUAACAAGACCAGGCUUGGCGGCCAUUGCCGGAGCGCUAGCUACAGAGCUGAUGGUCUCACUUUUGCAACAUUCGGAUGGAAUCAAUGCAGCCGCUGAUACAGCCAGUCAAUCUGAUGGAGGGUCCAUUCUUGGUCUAGUUCCUCAUCAGAUACGCGGAUUUCUAGGUCAAUUUAGUAAUCUCCUGAUUGUUGGUCAAGCCUAUGAACGCUGUACGGCGUGCUCGGACAAGGUUACCGAUGCCUACACCAGUAAUCCAUUAGAGUUUAUGAAACGUGUCCUGGAUAAUCCACUCUAUUUGGAAGAGCUGACCGGCCUGUUACAGCUCAAGGCGGAAAGUGAAGCGUUACUGCUGGAAGAUAAUUGGGCAGAAUCCGGGGAUGAAGAUUACUAG